ACACUAGUUAUACCAGGAAAGCUGGAACGUUCGUUUUAGUUUUGUUUUUGUGUUUCGCCUGUUCGUUCGAUUUUAAAUUAUCUAUUACAAAUUUACAAUGGAUAAAUUCAUCGUUCGAAACACCACCAAAAAACAAAAAGUUGAGUGUGAAAUAAAUCCACACAAUUUGGAAGUAACAAAAACUAAAUGUUACAUAUUUGAUGGCAAAUUCUUCAAAAUCAUUGAUGAAAAUGAAGACAAUAAAAUAUCCGCACAGUGCCAAUAUUGUACCAAAAUUGUGCAUGGCCAUAAAGGAUCGACUGGGAAUUUUUUAAGCCACAUUAAGUUUAAACAUUCACAUUUGAUGGAACAAGUAAAAGCUGCUAAAACUGUUAAAAACAAUUUAAAAUUCAUAAAAAAACAAGAAACCUUGCCAUUCUUAAAAAUUUAA